UGGUGGAGACCAUGUGAGGGCGUGUGUGACAGAACAGAUAGGAAAAGCCAGCGCUGGAGCCCUCCUGGGCAGGUGCCAGGGUUUGGGGUAUUAUGGGAUUCCGGGCCCGUGAGGCAGUGUAAUACGUGUGAACUUGGGAUGAAGCUGAGGCACAUGUUGCGGGUGGAGAGUUCCAUGACCCGGGGAGGACAGGAGCCUGGGCAGGGCCAAGGAUGGACCGUGAGGGUGCUGCCUCUUCCCUCCUACCGCGGGCUCAGGCUUCACUUCUUGUGAGGUCCCAGGCAACAUCACCUGUCUUUUGCGCCACACCUCCAUUUUUAAACACUCUGCUAAAGUUCCUGGCUCAGAGGUGGGACUACAACCCGGAGUCCCUGCUUUGGGCUUUGGGUUUCUUGCUCCUUGGCGGCUAAGUAGCGUCUGUCCCAAUAGAGGAAGCUGAGACUCAGAGGUGAAACUGGGCAACGGGGUUUCCCUGAAGCCAGGCCACUGCCCCUGUUGGAAAGGCUCUGGGCCAGGAGGAGGGGGCUGCCCGCAGAGCGGGAGCCAGGCUGUGUCGCGCUUUUCCAGUCCUGCAGAGUGCUCCCAAGCAGAGGUGACUCCAGCGAGAGGGGUGCCCGGAUUCAAGGCCUGCGGGGCGAGUCCACCAGCUUCCCCACGAGCGAGGCGAGGAGGCGGGCGCUCGGGGGCGCGGCCCGCGGCUUAUGGGGGGCGCGCCUGCGGGGCUGGCUGGCCUUCUUUCUGCUUCUCCCUGUGCAGACCGCCAGGCGGAUGGCGGGGCGACGGGCUGUGGCCGGGAUCGGGCCCGGGGCGCUGCUGGCUCUGCGUGCUCUGCUGGCCGCCGCUCACCCGCAGUGCCUGGACUUCAGGCCGCCCUUCCGGCCGCCGCAGCCGCUUAGCUUCUGCGUGCAGUACUCCUCCUUCGGCUGCUGCACCGCGGAGCAGGACGCGGCGCUGGCCCGGCGUUUCCGGGCCCUGGAGACCCGCCUGGACGCCGGGAUGUGGGCGACGUGUGCCGGCUACGCGCUGGAUCUGCUGUGCCAGGAAUGCUCACCGUAUGCAGCACACCUCUAUGAUGCCGAGGAUCCGGCCACCCCACUGAGGACAGUGCCUGGCCUGUGCGAGGAUUAUUGCCUAGACAUGUGGCAGACCUGCCGAGGCCUCUUUCGACACCUCUCCCCUGACCGUGAGCUCUGGGCCCUGGAGAGCAACAGAGCCAAGUUAUGCCGCUACCUGUCCCUAGAUGACACCGAUUACUGUUUCCCAAGCUUGCUGGUCAACGAGAACCUGAACUCAAACCUGGGCCGUGUAGUGGCCGACGCCAAGGGCUGCCUGCAGCUGUGUCUGGAGGAGGUGGCCAACGGUCUUCGAAACCCCGUUGCCAUGGUACAUGCCGGGGACGGCAGCCACCGCUUCUUCGUGGCGGAGCAGGUGGGGCUGGUGUGGACCUACCUGCCUGACCUCUCUCGCCUGGAGAAGCCCUUCCUGAAUGUGAGCCAGGCAGUGCUCACCUCACCCUGGGAAGGGGAUGAGCGUGGCUUUCUGGGCCUUGCCUUCCACCCCCAUUUCCCACAUCCCAGAAAGCUCUACGUCUACUACUCUGUGGGGGUCGGCUUCCGAGAGUGGAUCCGGAUCAGCGAGUUCAGAGUCUCGGGGGACGACGAGAACACCGUGGACCACGGCUCAGAGAGGAUAAUCCUAGAGAUUGAAGAACCAGCCUCCAAUCACAAUGGGGGCCAGCUGCUCUUUGGGGAUGAUGGCUACCUCUACAUCUUUACUGGAGAUGGCGGGAUGGCCGGAGAUCCCUUUGGGACGUUUGGAAAUGCGCAAAACAAGUCGGCGCUGCUGGGCAAGGUGCUGCGCAUCGACGUGAACCGCAACGAGCGCGGCUCACUCUACCGUAUCCCGCCCGACAACCCGUUCGUGGACGACCCCGGAGCGCGGCCCGAGGUCUACGCCCUGGGCGUGCGCAACAUGUGGCGCUGCUCCUUCGACCGCGGAGACCCGAUGUCUGGCACUGGCCGUGGCCGCCUGUUCUGCGGGGACGUGGGCCAGAACAAGUACGAGGAGGUGGACCUGGUGGAGCGGGGCCGCAACUACGGCUGGCGUGCUCGCGAGGGCUUCGAGUGCUACGACCGCAAGCUGUGCACCAACGCCUCCCUCGAUGAUGUGCUGCCGAUUUUCGCCUACCCCCACAAGCUGGGCAAAUCAGUCACUGGGGGCUACGUGUACCGGGGCUGUGAGUACCCCAACCUCAACGGCCUCUACAUUUUUGGCGACUUCAUGAGUGGGCGACUGAUGUCCCUCCGAGAGAACCCAGAGACAGGCCAGUGGAAGUACAGUGAGGUCUGCAUGGGCCGUGGACAGACAUGCGCUUUCCCAGGCCUCAUCAACAACUACUACCCAUACAUCAUCUCCUUCGCAGAGGACGAGGCUGGGGAGCUGUACUUCAUGUCCACGGGCGUGCCUAGUGCCACAGCCGCACGCGGGGUCAUCUACAAGGUGAUAGACCCCUCCAGACGGGCGCCUCCAGGGAGGUGUCAGAUACACCCUACUCAGGUGACAGUGAAGAGCCGCCUCGUCCCCUUUGUGCCCAAGGAAAGGUUUAUCCGGACACCAGAGAGCACUCCUCGACCCACGGCCCGCGCCCCCACUAAGGCGCCCCGUCGCAGACGCCCCACAGCCGCUCCCCCAGCGCCCACCCAACGGCCCACAAAGCCCACAAAGCCAGCACGGCCCACCCGGCGACCAGGGGCCCGGAAGGGAGGCGGGCGACGGCGGGGACGUCCCAGCACCGCGGUCCCUGAGCCCCAGAACGGCUCGGUGCGCCUGGUACGGCCCGCGGGCCUGAGUCCCGGCCGCGGGCGCGUGGAAGUGUUUGUAGGCGGACACUGGGGCACGGUGUGCGACGAUGCCUGGGACACCAAGGCGGCCGCCGUGGUGUGUCGCCAGCUGGGCUUUGCGCACGCGGUGCGAGCCGCCAAGCGCGCGGAGUUCGGCGAGGGCCGUGCACUACCGAUCUUGCUGGACGACGUGCGCUGCGCGGGCAGCGAGCGCAACCUGCUGGAGUGCGCGCACGCUGGCGUGGGCACGCAUAACUGUAAGCACGAAGAGGACGCUGGCGUCGAGUGCAGCCACCAAGACCCGGACCUAUAGCCAGGCCUCACCUGGCUGGCUGUGCCACCCUGUGAGGAUGGAGCCUAGAAUGGCCCCUUCGGUCUGCGGGCACCCUGGGCAGCACGCACAAGGGCCCAAGAGACGGUUCAUCUUCAUGUGACCUCAGUGUCCCCUUGUGCUGUGUGUGGUUUGUGGAUAAGAUCUCUUAUCUCUCAGCACUUCGGAGAGCGAGGGCAGUGACUCUUCAGGAGCAGCACUGGGUGGGGGAGGCUGGCUGCCUUUUCAGUGUUAGGCUGGGGGGAGGGGUCAGGCCUCCCCUGCCAGGGCUGAGUGACAGGUUCCAGACUAGCAAGGGUGCAGCCUGAGAAACAGGGUCAGAGUGUAGGCGGGUGACCCAUCAGUCCGAAGCACCGCAGAAAAAGAACAGGCAGUCUGAAAGCCACAGAGAAGGAUCUUAUAGGGUAAGGGGUCCUGUGGCCAUUUGCAGCCCACCAGGGAUCAGGCUGCUGAUGGGAAUAAGAGCCCACGAGGGAAAGCAGACUAGAGGGCCUGGAGGGCCUUGGAGGCCACUUGCUGCGCCCUGCAGGCACCCUGGAAAGGUUACUGGGUCCCCUCCAUCCCUGAAGCCUGACCCUGAGACAGAAGCACCCUUAAGCUCACACUUGGUCCCUUUAGCCUCUGGGCUCCAGUUGGCAGGUGGGUGUGGGGCAGUACUUUCAUCCUCUACUGUCGCCAUCACCUCCCAGGGGGUCCUCAGAUUCCUUGGCUCCAUCUAUGGGCUAAGAAACCUGUGGGACCGCGAGACUACUCAUCUCAACAAUUUGACUGUCUGCAAUCCUUCCUUCCUCCUGUCACUCGCCACCACCUGGAAGCUCGGAAGCAAGCAGAGGGACAGAGUAGAGAGGGCGGGGCCUGUAGCUUGUCUCCUUGCUCAUGGAAGGCCUCAGGGUAGCUCUGUACCCGGUCCUAGGAGAGAGCUCUGGGUAAAAGCUUCAGAUAGGGGUGGAGCCAUGGAAACAAACGAGUUACCAGGCAGGGAGAACAGGAUGUGGCCUGUGUCAGGCAGUUGUGGCUAGGGAUCUGGGUUAGGUUCCCGGCCCAACCUGAGCGGGAAAAUGUCAUUCCCGCACUGAGUUCUGAUCUGAAGAGGCCUGUGUGGUGGUCCAGGCAAAGGAACUGGUGCAGACUCAGGCUGGGUGAUGUCUACUCCUGUUCAUCGCUGCUGAGAGGGCAGCACUGCUGACAGGGAACUGGAGGGUCACUCUGAAGCUUUGGAGGCUGGUCGUUCUCAGAAAUAAGUGAGAAAGUUACUGAACAGUUAGGAAACAACAGGAAAGGAAAACAUCGCUUCCCGGAGCAAAACUGUGCAGCCACAAGGCUGGGGGGCCAGGGAGCCCGAGUCCUAGGCAGCUUUGCAGUGCAGUUCCAGAGGCGGUGCAGAGUGUGUACACAGUCGAUUCUGGUUGCUGACAGGAGGGGAGGCUUGGGCGUGGAGGAGAGUAUGCUGAGCAGGUGCACUUGGUUUGUUAGGCUAGCUGGGAAGGUUUGUUGUUGGUUUUUCUCUUUACUCUUACUCUUUUGGGGGCUGCCACCCAGCUCCCAAAUAAAUACACGGAGGCCAGCCGUGUCAGAGGGGGGAAUGCCAUAUGGAGGCACUAGCUUUGGGGUGACAUAGGAAGAAACAAACCAAAUGAGAAAAGUGAGCCCCUUCAGGCUAAUGCGGAGAACUCUAGGCUCCCAGUUGGGCGCCUGGCCUCUCACCCACUUGGUGAAGAAGCGACCUUCAUGCAGAACUUGCUGUUUGCAGGGGCCUCGGGUGUGUUGUCAGUUUACUUCGCCCCAUGGGGCCCCCAGCACUCCCAACAUCACCAUCUCUCUCUCCAUCCUCGUGGUGGCUGUAAAUUGGUGCCCGGGGCUUUGGUCAUGGUGUUCUGUCUUAGCAAUAGAAACGCCAGCGCAGGUAACAUUUACAGUAGCAGUUCGCAGUUUUAUGUGAGCGGCAGGGCCCCGUGUUGAUUUUGACUCAGGCGUGGGCUUUGUUGUUUGGGUUUCUGUGUGUUGAGACUGCUGUGACCCAAGGGCCAUACUCUGGGGUUGCUGUCUGUGUCCCACUGCCCGAUGGAAGUAUGUGAACCAUGCAGGCAGCCAAGUUUCCUGAAGUUGUGUUAAGGGUAAAAUAUUUUUUACUCUUUAAUUAAAAACUAUAAACUGG